AUGGCUUCCUUAUCAAGCGAAGGCAGUACCAAGGAUAGUGAAACCUUAAAAGAAUUAUUGAAAUAGAGACCCAGAAUCUAAAAAAAAUAACAAGCAGCCAAAAUUAGCAAAUGCAAUUCAAAUCCCUGUUGGAAUUAGGAAGAUUUAAAGAAAUUAGAAAAGUGUGUAUCUAUUUUGGGAACUGAUUUCGAUUUAAUAUAGUUAUUAUUUAAGAAUAGAACUAGAAAAUAAAUUAUGAAUAAAUACAAAAAGGCCAAAAUACAAUACGAUAGAAAGCAUAAGGAAAAAUUUUUAAGAAUUCAAGACGCACUCAAAAAAGAAUAGGAAGUCUAAAGACAUCGUUUAGGAAGCAUAGACUCCAUUGAUUUAAAUAUUGCUUUAGAUAUUCAUGAACUUAGCACAAAAAAGGAGUGA